AGCGGGCCCAGAAACCCAGCUCCUGCAAGAGCGGGGCGGGGGUUGCGGUGCGGGCAGCCGCGAGGCCCCGUGGGCCCGCCGGGGAGGAGCCCGGGAGGAGGCCGGGGCUGCAUGGAGUUUCUAGGGCGCGCAACUCCGGCGGGGCCUCGGCCACUGGGCUCCGGGGCGCAGCGAGGCAGCCGCGCACAUGGGCUGAGCCCGCGCGGCCAGCGGGAGCGGGAGGGGUAGAGGAGUGCGGGUGCAGGGGGUGCGGGGCACACGUCCCCAGACGGGAGCAGAGGACAAGGACAGGAGGAGCGCGCCCGGAUCGUGCUCCCAGCCGACGAGGGGCUCGCGCCGGCCCGGCGCGCGCGUGGGGAGCGGCCCGGGGGCGCGGUGGGAGCCGGCGGCAGCAAGGAUGCCGGCGCGGGCACGCGGCCGCCGGCUGGGGGUGUGAGCCAGAGGCGGGCGCUGCGCUCGGCGCCUCGGUUCCGCGCCGCCCCCUGCCUGCGGGCCUCGGAGGAAGCCCCGCGCCGCGCGGAGGCGCCUCGGCAGCCGGGCUGCGGGGCCCCGGCCCAGCGAGAGGGAGAAGAUGCCGUUCCACCACGUGACGGCCGGCUUGCUGUACAAGGGCAAUUACCUCAACCGGUCCCUCUCUGCGGGCAGUGACAGUGAGCAGCUGGCCAACAUCUCUGUGGAGGAGCUUGAUGAAAUCCGAGAGGCCUUCCGAGUUCUGGACCGGGAUGGGAAUGGCUUCAUCUCCAAGCAGGAGCUGGGCAUGGCCAUGCGCUCUCUGGGGUACAUGCCGAGCGAGGUGGAGCUGGCCAUCAUCAUGCAGCGCCUGGACAUGGACGGGGACGGCCAGGUGGAUUUUGAUGAAUUCAUGACAAUUCUUGGGCCCAAACUGGUGUCUUCAGAAGGUCGCGAUGGUUUUCUUGGAAACACAAUAGACAGCAUUUUCUGGCAGUUCGACAUGCAGAGGAUGACGCUGGAGGAGCUGAAGCACAUCCUCCACCACGCCUUCCGGGACCACCUGACCAUGAAGGACAUCGAGAACAUCAUCAUCAACGAGGAGGAGAGCCUGAAUGAGACCUCGGGGAACUGCCAGACGGAGUUCGAAGGAGUGCAUUCCCAGAAGCAGAACCGGCAGACCUGCGUGCGCAAGAGCCUCAUAUGCGCCUUCGCCAUGGCCUUCAUCAUCAGCGUCAUGCUGAUUGCGGCCAAUCAGAUCCUGCGGAGCGGCAUGGAGUAGCCUCCCGCCAGCUGCCCUGCGGACUUGUGGCCGGCUCACCGCGCAUGUGCAUGCCCUGCGGGUGACUUCCUCCACUCAGCAGAUCUGGACCUGUGGACGAUGCAGUUGAUGGUACCUUCGGAACCACCCCAAGGUUGCAGGGCGACCUGGAUAUCCAAUCAACUCCAUCUCCUUGGCAGGGACACCAAAGGGCUGUCUUCAAUGCUUUAAUGGUCUUGUUUCCUAAUGCAAUAAAUAGCCAGGAGUUCCGAAUUACCGCUUCAACCGCCAGUAGUAACUCUGAAGAUAAACUUCAUUUUCAUCUCGGAAUUCCAGUGGCCAUCCAGGUGUAACGGUGGCACCGGAAGUGAGAGGGGAGAGGCGUGAGCCGCCGUCACCUCCACCCACGCCCCAUCCUUUCAACGCAGGGCCCAGGGCCUCCGGUGGAGGUUGCUCCUCAGCUCCGAGAGCUGCCUGUGGGUUGCUACAGGAGCCGGGACUUCCUGCCUCACCCUGGUUCCUUGCUCCGCCAGUGGAGAGCCCCCAGACACGAGGGAAAGCCAUUCAGAGGGUGCGGCCCGCGACGGCAGCUGCCCUUUGCUUCCGUUCCUACUGCCUUCUCUGCGGGAUGUGGGUGGAGCUGGGCUCUCGCUGGUUCCCUGCACUUGGCCUUCUGUUCCUAGAGCCCACCUGCACCAGCAUCUCGGAGUCUGCAGAGAACCCUGUCUCAGCUUUGCCACCUGUGCUGCCCUUAGAGAAGACAGAACCAGGAAUCACGGGCACCCAGAGGCACGGACAGACUCGCUGCUUCCUGGGCAAGGCUUCCUGGGCAAGGCUUCCUGAUCGCUCAUCCGCACCAGCUCAUUCUCCAUCCCACACUCACCCCUGCUCCUUGGCAGGGGGUGAGGCCCACCGUGGGAGGGGCAGGACGCAGACUGGUGAAGAGAUCUUGGCAGCCCUGGAGGAAUGGCCCUCCAGGUUCCCAGGCUAGACCCCCUCUGUAGGUUGGGUUACCUGCAUCCGACCCUGCCUCAGCUUGAAUUUGCUUAGUUUAGUCUUCCCCAGCUACACGAGGGAAUCCCGUCCAAGCAGGAUGAGGGGGAUCAAGCCGCCGCGCUAGCUCACACAGGUCCUGGCUCACCGAAGAAUGUCCGCGAGCUUGGCCACCGUGACAGGAAAUUCUCUCCUGCCGGCAGAACACUUCUGCUGCAGAAGGGAACUGAACCCAGGGGUCCGUUUCAAUGCCACGUCCAGCCUGUCCUUCCCAACCCCCCACGCGCCAUACCCGCCGUCCCUGUUGACGCGGGCUCACACGGUCAGGCUGGCCAGCGACCUCUGCACGCGCUGUCUCCCUGUGUUCUUUCCCGGCUCAGGUCUGUAUUUCCGUAAUGCAAUCGUCUUGCUCCUAUCUGGAUCUCGCCCUCCAGGACUGGGGCAGGUCUCUCCUCCCCCGGCAGGGGGAGGGGGCUUGGGUGCAGUGUGUUCCCCGGCCCUCCCUCUCUGCUUCCUCCCUGCUGCCUUUUUAGAUGUGGAGCCCCGGUCGUCUCCACGUAGGGUCUUCUUCCAACUCAGCUCUGCACGCACGCCCUGCCGCCGCGGGCAGCUGUAGAAACUCACCGCGGAGGCUGCCUAUUCACAAUGAGCACAAGCACACUAGGGUCUGAGCCAUAGAAAGAGGGAGCAGAUCCAAGCUCCCAGGAGCCCGGGGGGUGAUGUCCCCAGCCAGCGGCCAGGCACCUGGCACAUCCAGGCCCAGCCAAGGGCAGCAGUCUGCCUUGCCACUGACCGGCCCUGCCCUACCCCUCGCCCCCCACACCCUCCCUUUCUGUCCCUCCCCUUGACAGAGGACCACAGUCCCUUUAGGAUCAGAUCCUAACCUAGAAGAGGUCCAAUGCUGGAAGCGGAUACAACCUCCUCCAUAGCUCCCUCCUAGGACAUUCCCCUCCCCUACUGGGCAUGGGCGGAGGGCACUGCAGGUCUGACAGGGACACAGUUUCCUAUCUUUUGUGGAUCUUGAAGCCCUAAACCACACCCUCCUGGGAACAGAGGUGCAGGGCCUGGGCUAGAGUGGAUAGAACCCAGGGAAGACCCUUCAAGGACCCUGCCCCCUGAGAAGGGGUUGCAUGGCUGCAGCCAGAGCUGGCUCCAGGGCAGAGAGUCAUCUCUGCAAAGGCUGCACUGGCAGGUCCUGCCUGCCCUGGGUGCGCUGACCUGAAGGAAGCGGGGUUGGCCCCGUUCAGAGCCCAGGAGGCGCUGCGCAGGGCGGGGCUGGGGAGUCAGGCAGGCACCGCCCCUGCUCCCUACGGAGCCUGAGCAUCCUUUCCCUUAAAGGGACCCCUGUGCUCACUCUCCGGGAUCUGGAAUCAAGCCAGAGGAAAUCCGAGAGCACGCAUGUCGCUAGGGAGAGGGCAGGGAGGGAAGCCAGGGUUGUCGCUGAUGGCCUGGAGGUCACCUGCGCUCGCGGCGCGGGGCUGAGGCCGCGGUGUGCCCAGGCAGGCUGAGCCGGGGCCUGCCGUAGACUCGGCUCGGAGUUUGUCACCACGAUUGCGCCCUGACAGCUCUGCUUGGGGGUCUGUCUAGGUCAACCUGCUGUCGGGUGUCAGCCCCCCCCUGUUCAAACAGAGGCUCCCCAGGCCGCCUGCUGGUCCGCCUCCCAUCAUGGUGGCUGUGAGGCUGACAGCUGAAGGUUGCAGAAGGCGCUGGUCCCCUGUGCCCCAGGAGGGCCACGUGGCCUCCAUUGGAGGUGACCUCUACAGGAACCGAGAGGAAAGACCCCAACCGUCACUGUCCUGUCAGGGACCAGAGGUAGGAAUAGGGGCCAGGGCUGCCAGCCACGGGUGGCGGAAUGCUUGGCAAGCCCAGCUUGACUCUUGCUGGCCACAAGAAGGGGCGUCAGCCCACCCCACCCCACCCUGACCACAUGGGUGACGACCAGGAAGGCUUUUUAUUUAGGAGAGAAAGAGAAGUGGACACCAGUCCCCUCCACCCCAAAGAAGCUGUCUCUCACCAUUUCAGGUGCAGACAGAGCCCCGAACAGGACUCAGCACUGGAACCGUUAGCAGGGGCUUCCAGAAUGUGUGCGGGUCCCACGUGACCCAGCUGUAAGACGAGAGAGAGGAUGUCGCCAUGGCAACCCUUGCAUUCCACCCGGAGUCUGCCAAGGCACACAAAAAUAGGGUCUGUUUUCUUAAAGAACUCGGGUUCCGCCUGAUGGCUGCCUGGCUCCUCGUGUCCCAUAUCCUGCCGGGAGGGGACACUGCCCUCCAAGAAUCUGGAUGGUUUCUCUGCCUUUUCCUCUUGUGUUUGGAUAUGUUCUUCCAUUUACUAGGAGGAAAGGAGCUCCCUGGAACCCCCACCAACCCCUACUCUCUACCCUGCCUCCCAGAGCAAGAAUCCCUAAAUCCAGGCAAAAAAGGCAAGAUUAUCAUCUGGAAGGUAAAAAAAAAAAAAAAAAAUGCCUCCAGUUCUGGAAAGCAAUCUGUUUACCUGCCGAGAGGUUCUCCUGCCUGCCAGAAAUGUGAACUGAGUGGACUGAGGCUGAGGCGGGGGCUCAGGCACGCUAGGGGUUGUAGAGGUUUCUGGGUGUUUUACUGGCAGAGGCCACGUGGCGAGCUAGACCUUCUCCCGACCUGCUCCUGUCUGUGAUUUCACGUGGCGAAGGCCUCCUAUCUUGCUGUCCAAAGCAGCUCAUGAAAGAUAAGUAGCUCAUUUCGACAAGAGCGCUCUUCCCCACGCCCGCCCCCUGGAUCACAAAGCUGAGCCGGGAAAAAGUUGUCUUUUCUUCCAAACGCCUCCUGCGAGGCGCCGGCCAGACUCAGGUCCUCAAUCAAGGAGAGUUUUGCACAUUGUUCUUCACCUGAAAUUAGCGGCCUCCCUGGUACCUCGGGAGGGCACAGCCACAGGGCGACUGUGUGGACCGAGGGCACUCCCUGGGCUGGGCUGGCCGGUGGUUGUGGCUGCACACCUUGGGUUCCCCUAGCGCUGUUCUGCUCGCCAACCUCAGAGGCUGCCGAGCUCUGCUCCAGGCCACAGCCCUCCCGCCACACUGGGUCCUCCUACCACAGGGCCUCUCCAAAGGCCCUGGUACUCAAGUUGCCGUGACCCACUCCACCGAGAUGCAGAGAGGGUCUGGACCCUCCUGCCCGGGGGUGCAGAUGAACCAAGAUUUAGUUUCUAGACUCGGGCUACGUUACCAGGAGCAGGGCUCUGCCUUCCCUGGAGGACGUCGGUCUGAAACGACCCCAGAUCAGAAGGUUUUCUUCUGCCUCUCCAGGGAGGCCCACGGGGCCAAGCCUGAAGCCCAGAGGCCUCACUGUAGCCAUCCUCCCUCACCGCCCGUGCUCAGCUCCCCCAGAAGGGAAGACUCCAUCAAAAAUAGAAAAGAAGUGGUACCCGCAGCCAGGGGUUCAGUUAUUGAUAGUGAUGGUGAAGCAGAGGUGCCAUUCACAGCCCGUCUCCAGGGUAACUGAGGUGUCAGAACUGUUCAGCUUCACUCCACAUCUAGUUUGACCAAGUCACUCAGGGGACUGUCCUGGGCCACGUGGCCAUGGCGAUUGGUGAGGAGGAGCAAGGCCAAGUGCACCAGCCAGCUAAGCACCUUUCUUCCCGUCCUGUGCUCUUUGCUGACGCACAUAAUCAUUUUAACAGGCAGGGCUUCUACCUGAUGUUUGGGAUCCCCUUUGCAUGGUCUCAAGGGACGUGAAAGUCACGCUCAAAAAGUCUUUGAGGCAAAUUAUCUUGGUUCAGUGGACUUGACAUACCCCACCAAGAAUCAGGUGUGUCCAGUCCCAUGAAGACCGUCCCCGGCUCUGGACAGCACCCGCAGGGUCCCCUGCACGUGCCCAACACCAGGUACGAUGGUCAUCCACCCUCCAGUGUGACAGGCUGGCUUUCACACCAGGCCUUCUCACACUCUCAGAAGUUGUCCUUCAAGUGAAAAGCGGGUGGAGGCUGGAAAAUCAGCCUCCAGUGGCAUGAAAAUCAGGCUGAGGGAGGGGCACCUGGGUCUCGGGGUUCGGCUGCGAGGCCGCCUGUCCCUGGGCCUGAGAGAAGGCCGUGGGGGUGCAGGUGCUCCGUGUACUUCCCUGUGUACUGGCCUACUUUAGGGACGCACAGGAUCGGGUGCCAUGGGGCUGCCUGUCAACCUGAUCUGAUUGACGUGCCCUGUGCAUCUCAGGAGGAGGCUGGUGGCUGGCCUUGCCGGGGAGGACCAGGCAGUGGCCAAGCCCUCUGCCAGGUGGUGAGACCCUUGGGACAGUGGCCAGGGAAGCAGAGCAGAGACCCUGGAGGGCAGUCAGUGUGGUCAGCUGGGAGGGCACAGGAAGCAGGGCCCUUCACCCACUAGCCAGGUUAUUAGAGUGACUGCUGUCCCUGUCCUCAGGUUUCUCACCUCUGAAGCCAGAGGACAGGCCACCCAGAAAAGCCCUCUGUUGGGACAUUCUGCUUGAUGUGAAGUUGGAUGAAUGUCCACUGCUGUGAGGGUCUUGGCCAGUCCAAGAGGCUGUGGAGAUGGUGCCCCUUGGGCGUCCACUGUCUGUAAAUGAGUCAGCACCCCCUGGUCUGUGUCACGCAGGCGAGGGGGUCUGAGUGCUCCCUAAGGACUUGCUAAGUCAAAGGAGCAUCAGGGACGGGCUCUGAGUCCUCCCCUCAGCCCACCCGGCCAUGGGGGCCCAAACUCAGGGCAACCGGGGCAGACAAAGCCUGACUCCAGGGCAGGACGCGGGUUCUGUGCCUGAGGCCGCCUCCCGGGAGCUGGGAAUGGGAGUCCAGUCUCCAGUCCUCGUUCUUUCCUGUUCCAAGAUGGCGAUGGUGGUCUGUGAUCGUGUGGCACUGUGAAAGGCCAAGCCACCAGCUCUGGCCACUGUCUGGGAGUUCCAUUGGCAGUCCCGGGCGGCCCCGUGGUGGCCUGCGCUGCACAUGCUGGAGGGGGGAGCCUGCCGCAGCUCUGACCCAUCCGUGGGGAGGGGUGGUGGGCCGAGGAGAGCAGCGGCAGGGCCCACAGAGUCUGGCCCUUCUGCCCCAGGCCAGUGUCACCUCCCGAGAGUGUCCUGUGUCCCCGUUUCCUGCUGCAGGCCGAGGUCCCAGGCAUUGUCCUGAUGCUGUUCUUCCCCAGAAAGACCAGGGGGGCCCACGGAAGGAUCCUCCCAACUCCGGAUAGAAAUGUGCACCAGCCAGUGUCCCUCAGCGCCCCAUGAAGAAUCCAGAAACGUCCCCUUUUUUUAUGAAGAUAAGGAUUUAGGGUCCUUGAGUGGCUUCUUGGUGGGGUUCUGAAUGCAGAAGGAUGCUCUUUCCCAAGGACUAACCAGACAGUGCCCUUGGAGGGAGACCAGAUUCAGGGCAUCUGGUCAGGCAGGAAGCUGGCCAUCGCUCCUCUGUGGGCAGGGCUGGGGUCACACGAUCCCAAGGUCGUUAGACUCGAGACGGGAGUUGUUUCUCAAAGCACAGUGGCGAUGACUGGCACCCUGGCCACCAGCACGCUGGGCGUGGAGAGGAGCACAGUAGGGCCAGGGUGCUGGAGCCCGGAGCUCCGAGUCCAGGAGGGCCCGAGACCGACACCUGGAUCCCAGCCUUCCCGUUUACCUCACACGGCCCUUCCUUUCUUUUUUUAUUCGGUGUUAGUGGAUGAUUUCUGCUAUCAAGUGAUGAGAGAGUCAGCAGAUUAGUCAAGAGAAAACCUUUAUAUAAAAUGUAAAUAUUAAUAUAAAUUGGCAUGCAAAUUACUGAUCAAAUGAAGUAUAUAUUAUUAAUAUGUUAUCUUAGUGUAUAAAGGAAAACUGACUGCCAUAUUUACCAGAUGUUUUCUCUAAUCAAACUUGUCUGUAAAUAUAUAAUCUGUAUAAAAAGAGUCUAAUUUACCAUUAUUUAUGCAAUAGAAAAAAAAAAUAAAAGUUCUUUUUUUUUUC